CGGAGACACAACUCAAUACAAAGUUUUCGUAGGGUCCUCCGAAAUGGAAGAUCCAGAUUUAGGAAAGUUUGACUUGGUUCGCUUGCAAGCAGAGCUCGAUCAGGAGAUGGAGAUGAAGGAGUUGUUGGAGGAAUCGGUCUCAGAUCUCAGGAACACCAUGGCUGAUUUGGAGGAAAGACUCCACAGUGUAGAGGGCGAAGGAAACGAAUGGAAGACCAGAUAUGAGACCCAGCUGGACCUCAACGGCCAGCUAGAGCGGCAAAUUGCAUUUGUGCACGGGAGACUAGAGGAUCUACGUGGUAACCCCAUGGAUAGACUUGCAUCAAUAAGGUCCUAUGAUGCUAUGUCAGAGGAUGCUUUGAAACACCACCUCAAACUCCUUACCACUGAGAAGUCCAACCUUCAUAGUCAACUUCUGGAUCUCCAUACAAGGAUUCAGCAGGAGGGCAAGGCUUAUCAGAAAACAAAUGAAGAGAGACGCGCUUAUAUAGCAGAGAUUGCAAAGGUGUCAUCAACUCUGGACAUGAGCAGAAAGACACAGCUUCAUCAACCACAAGAAAAAGGCAGAACACCAGUGAAAAGCGGCCCGGACAAUUUGCCCAACAGGAAGCGCAUCCCAAAAGGGAAGACAGGGGGUGCCACGGGAGUACCCAGUGGGAGCCGAUUACCCCGACUGAAGCACUGAGUCAUCAGGGACAUUGGAAAUCUCAAAUGCAUUGGCCAUAUAUGGAUCAAUAAUGGUUGCCUCAUAUACUGUAUUCUCCAAUGAGGGCAAGCAGUAUACCAACCUUCUGUCAGCAAAAGGUUUUGCAGUCAUAUGAAUGACUGUUGAUUGAUAAGCCUAACUGUAAUUGCUCAUGAAGAUAUGUGUAAAAUGUCUGAACGAGAUAUAGUGUUGUUUUAAAAUAACUCCACUACAUUAAGUCGAACAUUGUGUAGCACAGCAACACUCAAACAUUGUUUUCAUUUAAAAAAGAUUCAAGCCCAGAGUAAUGCCCAAUGUUACCUUUUUGACACACCCUCAUAUCCACACAAUGAGUCUCAUAAAACCCACAUAAUAUAUCAGACAUAUGAAUUAAUGUAAGAUUCAAAGCAAUGCAUAUCUAAAGAUGUGCUUCUGCACAGAUGGAUUGGUUGAUCCAAACAAAUAGCCUAAGUAGUGCAGUUUUGGUUUGUCUCUACAUAAUAUGUUUGUAACAGAAGACAAUUUAUAACAUGAAACUAUCUUUUAUCUACGAUGUUGACAAAGGUUUGUCUCAUUUUCAUCGAUCCCGGAGUCUUUCUGGAACAGGCAGUGAAAAUGUAUGACAAAAUGUUAAAGAAUGAAUACCAGCAAAAGACAUUGUCAUAGAAAGAUGAAAAUAAAAAAAUUACACAAGGUAGACACAACAAAACACAACAACCCUUCAC